GGAUCCCUGUCAAGAUUCUGUAAGUCUUAGAUUGAGUCAGUAGGUCUGUUAGUCAGGGGUUGGCAUCUACGUGGUGAGGUUUGGAACCUCUAACCUGGUUGUACACCUAUCACCAUGGUUGAGACCCGCACUGGGAAGGAGACUAAUCCCUACACCCUUGAGCGGCAAGCGAAGAUGGCUGCCAUAGUGAAAGAGAAUAAGGAGAGAAAAGAGCGUGAGAAGCAGGCGAAGCUAAAGGCUAUCGCAGACGAGCGGGCGACGAAGAUGAAGGAAGUGGAGGAGAUGAAGAAGAAGGAGAAGGCUGCUGAAGAAGAAGCGGCAGCAGAAGAGGAAAAAGAAAGGAUGAGGAUUGAAACCAGAGAAGGGAGCAGUGGCACGAAGAAGGACACAGCCGCUGAGAUUGAGAAGAAGAUCAGCGAGUGGGUUGCUAACUUAUCGUUGGGGGAAGAUGAAGAGGCGGAGUCAUAUGUGACUGAGGAUGAGAAGGCCGCAUUGGCCGCUGAGCUAGCAACCAUGACGGAUCCUAUGGAGCGAAGAGAGAGGGAAGACGAGCAAAAGUUGCAGUGGAAGCUGAGAAUGAAGAGGGAGAAGAGGAGGAGGAGAGAAGAAGUGAAUAAGAUGACCGCAGCAGUAGCGAAGGUGCAGGAAUGUAGAGCGGAGGUAUUGGCCCAGCCAGAUGAUAAGGCCAAGUGGGAYAAGGUACWGGGGUACCUGRAASUGYYGAGCAAGGCYUGGAUGGAGGAGCGCYAGGCUAGUUGGAGUCAGGAUGUAGCRUUGAGUGCCAUGCGGUCAGGAUUUAGGGAGUUUGCGCGCGAGAUCGUCACCCACAUUGGGGGCGAAGUGAAACAGUUGAGGGACAACGUAGGGAAGUACUGCGAAGGCGCCAUUGAGGGUGUCAAAGCCAUAACUGUUGCAGAGGGCGAAGGUAAACCCCGCAAAGAGCCUGUAAAGCUCAAGUUUCCAGACGCGUACGGGGGAAACAAGGAGGAAAACUUUGACAACUGGGAGGCCAGUGUCAACAGUUAUAUCUAUUUGCAGCAUAUCCUAACUCAGGAGCAAGUCCUCGUGGCCUUCCAGGCCCUCAAGGACGAAGCAGCUAGUUUCGCUAGGUCUCUUGCCCGUACAGCCGGUUGUGAAAACAACUUGGUUGCAUGUUCCAAAGUCACCCCUCUUUCCCAAUUCCUCAAGCUCCUCAAGGAGCGUUUCGCUGACCCAACGCGAGGCAUUAAAGCCUCUGACAAGCUGCAAACGAUCCACUCACGGCAGUGGAGGAGUGCCAAGGCACUCAARRGUACCAUGGACGACUUGGUAGCCGUCCCGGACCAUGGGGUCACUGAGCCCCAGUUGAUCCAAUUGUUUUAUCGUGCCAUUCCAGAGGCCCUACGGGGGCAUUUCUUUGACAAAUCUCAGCAGGCCGGCAUCACUUACGAUGCAUUGAGUAGAGAAGUCGUUCUGUAUGAGUCGAAGUCUAUGCCAGUUACCACUUUCUGGCAUAAGGACCUGGAGAAGGGGAAGAAGUGGAAAGAUUGUACCAUCUCGGGCCAAGUCAAGGCCAAGGAUCACUUGAUCCUGACAUUAGAGGAGGGUGGUACAGAAGAGGUCCCAUAUGAUCAGAUUGAGUGGGGCCUAGGGGAGGAGUACAGUAGUGUAGGGCAGGGGAGGUCUUCCGCUGCUGUCGCGGUCGGAGGGCCGCAAGGUAGAGGAGGAGGCCAGGGCCAAAGGGGCCAGGCCAUGGGAGGCCGAGGACCGGGCGCACAGGGGGUCUUGGAGAAGCUUAGAGAGGCUAACUUCAAGAUCAAUGCGAAGAAGUGCGAGUGGGCCAAGACGCAAGUCUUGUACUUGGGCCACGUGUUGGACGGAGAUGGCAUUAAGCCAGAGGACAGUAAGAUCGCGGCGAUUAGAGACUGGCCGACGCCCCGCACAUUAACAGAGUUGCGGUCGUUCCUAGGCUUAGCUAACUACUAUAGGAAGUUCGUGAGGAACUUCUCCACUAUCGCCGCCCCCUUUCGCACACUGCUAAAGAAAGAGGCAAUCUGGCAAUGGGACAAAGACUGUACGCCUGCGCUCAAGAAGUUAAAGCGCGCGUUAAUAGAAUAUCCCUUCCUCAAAGUAGCACAUCCGUCCUUGGCAUUUGUCGUUAUCACGGAGGCAAGUCAGUAUGGGAUAGGCGCCGUGUUGCAGCAAGACGACGGCAAUGGYUAUAGACCCGUAGAGUUCAUGUCAGCGAGGAUGCCCUGUGAGAAGGUCGCUACCUCCACGUACGAGAGAGAACUCUACGCUCUCAGGCAGGCUUUAGACCAUUGGAAGCACUAUCUGCUUGGGAGGCACUUCAAAGUGUAUUYUGACCAYGAGACACUUCKUUGGCUAAAGACMCAGGCCAAGAUGACACCUAAGUUGACUAGGUGGGCCGCAGAGAUAGACCAAUUCGACUUUGAGCUCAAGCCAGUAAAGGGCAAAUACAAUGUAGUUGCAGAUGCUCUGAGUAGGAGAUCAGACUACUUUGGAGCCGUAGUACACUAUAUGGAUAUAGGGAGAGACCUGCAGGAGAAAGUGAGGCAAGCAUAUGCACAGGACCCUAUCUAUAGCGACCUCCUAAAGAGAGUUAGAGAGGCCCCAGAGACCGAACCAGAUUACCGCACUACAGACGGGUUGCUGUUUGAGAAGACUAAUGUGUUUGACCGCCUGUGCGUCCAACAGCGAAGAGAUCCGCAGUUUGAUUUUAGGGGAAUGCCACGAUACUGAAGGGCAUUUCGGUUGGCAAAAGACAUUAGCCAACCUGAUGCGUGCGUAUACCUGGCCAGGGAUGAAG